UUGAGUCAACAACAGCAAAAUUUCUUCUUCAAAUUUAAAAAUUGAGAAGCAGCACUUUAAAUCUAACUCUACACCCUUUUAUUGCAUGUAUUAGUUUUAAUAAUGAUUUUUGGUGCAUGCCUUUGGGCUUAUUCAAAAAUGUACAAUAGGAAAGUAUAUUUCCUUUCUUAGAAAGGAGAUGUUUUUCUACUUUGCAACAUGUGAUUACAAAAAUCUUCCUCUGUGGGAAGAUUAACCAUGUAUUGAACUACUGAAAAGUAUAUAUUUUUAGAUAUACAGAAGGAAUCUACAUGGAGCAGCAUUCAGACCUAUAUAGAAGUCAUAGCAUUCUGUAUAGGAUCAAAAAGGAGGUAACAUUAAACACUUAAACAGACUUUGUUGGGUAGAAAUACCUUUAGAUCUUGCAUUGACUUCCAAAACGAAAAUGCCACAGAAGUUUGAUGAAAACUUUUGUUGUUUGAAUUUUCUCUGUCAGUGUAUUUAGCCCAAAUAUGACAGCUUUGGGUUAGCACAUACAUAAGAAUCAUAAAAACAAAUCUAACUAAAUAGAUCAGACUGGUUUGUCAAUCCAGUUUAACUGAAUUAAGUAAACUAAUCACUUGCAACAUGAAAAACUGUCCAACUCCUCUAAGGUUUUGACAAAAUAACCUUGACUAAUGUGGGAAGACUCCCACUUUGAUUUCUGACCUGACAGUGAAGAUUCAUGUUUGACAUGAUUUCAAACCUGACAGUGUCUGUUUAAGGAGCUAUGGUACAGUUUGCUAAUUCAAUCCCAGAUACCUGUUGAUUACCUGUGAGAUCUAGAGUCCAAAGUAGCCAGCAGCCAUAUCCCUGAGUGCUCUGUGCCCAUCAGAUAACUUAAAGUAAGCAGGGUUGGGACAGGUCACAGCUCGGAUGAUUGACCUCAGAAGCUGUAGACAGCCCCAGAUUCAAGAAUUGUAUCUGCUUUCUUGGGAGUCGUCACUGAACUAAUGUCCCACACUGUUAACUGUAGAUGCUCUCUCUUAGAGGAGGCCCAGAGCACACAUCCUAAUCGCUGUGGUAUUCAGAGAGGGGGUGCUAACUCUGAUGCCCUGGCCAAAUUCCAGUUUAGGGAUGUGGGUCUUCUUGUCAUUCUAAUUGGAAAUGUGCAUCACUUCCCAUUUUUCCUAUUGAUCUCAGUGCAAACUACACUAGUCUGUUUCUUUGCCCUGGUCUCAAGUCUCUAAGAUGCUGGUGUGUAUUAUAUGGGCCAAGUUCAUGACUUAUCCUAAUGCACAAGAGUCAAAUGAGUGAACUUGCUAUCAAAAUGCCAUAUGGCAGGAGAGUGGACUCUUGUGAUGCUAUGGGGAUGAAAUCGGCCCUCUUGUAGCAUAAGUUGGGGAAUGGCACCGGUUGGAGGCUUCCAGCCAUGAGGUGUGAGCUGAAACCAAUUUUCCCUCUUUUCUUAUAGCAUGUUGAGAAAAAUCUGUUGGGUUUUCAGCAAUCAGGGAAGGCCGGAGUUCUGCAGCUUUAAUCUGGGUAACUGAGGCUGGUUUGAGCAAGACUUUGGUUAAUUAACUGGGUUCUCAGAUGCCACAGACUCCGUGAGAAGUCACCAUUAUUUUCAAUGGUUGUGAUAGAAUUUCCCCUAGUAGUCAUUAUUUUAAGAUUAUAUUGCAGAGUUGCUUUAUUUUGAACUUUUUGUGUAUACACAAUCCCAAACUGGAAGAAAUUUUAAAAAAAAAAAGGAAUCCUGCUGUGAAAGAUAUAUAUUACUCUAGAUUUUUCUUACUGUAAAUAUUGUAAGAUUGUAAUACUGUCAAUAUUUUAUUAACCAACAAAUGUUAAUCUAUGUGAAUUCAGACUUAUUUUAAAUGUGCUUCUUAUUUACUGUGUGUGGUCCCUGUUGCUGACAGUAUUAAGUUAUAUUCUGAUGUAAGUUUAACUUUAUUAAAGAAUGUAAACAUUAAUGUUUCCUUAUGGGAAAACAAAUAAAGUAUAAAGAAGACAAUUCUUUUCAUUGAAAUAUACUGUGUAUUUACACUUGCUAGACCCAGCACCACUUACAAAUUUAGUAUACCUUUCAGAAUUUUAGUUAACACAGCUGACAUGGUGUGCUCUGUUUGGAAGUCUCAGACUAGGUAUUGUUGGAAUAUCAACAGUUUGUAUUUGUCUGCUGUGAAUCAUAACCUUGAAAUUUCUAAUCAAAUUUGUAAAAUUUUUAUAGUAAAACAUUUUAAUGACAGUUUAAAAAGUUAUCUUCUCUAAAGAAUGAUCAAAAUAAUAUCCUUUCAGAAGUAGAAUUGUUCUUUAAUAUCUUUCCAAAAUGACUUUGGUUAAAUGGACCAGAUGUAUCUUAGUUAAAAUUUAGGACUAAGUUGUUGAUAUUCUUUGAGUUUACAAGUUAACCCUUAUUGGAGAUGUGCCAAUAUAUAGUAGAAUAUUAUUCAUUUGCACUGUUUGGGGACCCCAUUUAAGAAUGCUGAAUUUUGCCAACUAAGAAGUAAGCAAAUGCAAUUUAAAAAGUAAAUUUGAGCAUUCUGUAUUAAAUAUGUGCAGUUAUUAUCACAUGAAGAAGCGCAGUGUGUCGGGCUGUAAUAUAACCAUAUUUGCUGUCAUGUUCUCCCAUCUCAGUGCUGGGAACUUACCAUGUGGAAACCAAGCAAACGUGUUGUGCAUCAGCCGGCUUGAGUUUGUUCAAUAUCAAAGCUGAAACUAGCGAGGUCUGCUGUACUGCUUAUUGAAGUAUUGUGAUUCUUUUAGGCAUUGAUUCUUACAAAAUAUAUACUGUAACAGUAUACUUUGUACAGAUUUAAAUUUUAUUUGAAAAAAAUGAAUAAAGUAGGCAAAAAAAAA